AUGUAACAAGUGUUUAUAGUGUGGUAUUAUUUUAUUGUUUUUGCAGCUAAAAAAUUUUGGUUCAAAAAAAGGUUUGCAUUGAACGAAACGGAACGGAUUAAAUAUGUCAACACUGCCAAAAAUUGAUAUUGAUCAGCCUAAAUAUGAUCAGAGCACGUAUUUGAAUCGAGCCAAACACUUCUUCCUACUCACAAAUCCACUAAAUUUGCUGGCGACAAAUGCGGAAUUGGAGCGAGCACGACGCAUUGUGAGUGAUUACAGAGCUGGUAAGGAAGUGAGCGAAUGCAAGAGUGUGGAGGAAUUAUGGCGUGCCAAGUAUCUUUACGACUCUGCAUUCCAUCCCGACACUGGAGAAAAGUCUUUAAUAAUUGGAAGAAUGUCUGCUCAAGUACCAAUGAAUACACUCAUCACAGGCUGUAUGUUAUCCUUUUAUAAGACUACACCAGCAGUUGUGUUCUGGCAAUGGGUAAAUCAAACAUUUAAUGCUGUUGUCAACUAUACCAACAGAUCUGGAUCUACACCCAUUUCUAAAGAGCAGUUACUUACGUCUUAUGUUUUGGCUACCGGAGGCGCGUUAACUACAGCACUCUCUCUUAAUAGACUUGUUAAGAAUUUAAAUCCUUUGAUUGGAAGACUUGUGCCAUUAGCAGCUGUUGCUGCUGCCAAUUGUAUCAAUGUGCCUAUGAUGCGAUUACAAGAACUGAAAAAUGGAGUUACACUUUUGGAUGAGAACAAUAAUGAGGUUGGUAUAUCCAAGAAAGCAGCAGCUGUUGGCAUCACUGCCGUUGUAGCUAGCAGAAUUGCAAUGGCCACACCUGGUAUGGCAUUGACACCAGUUUUAAUUGAAGCACUCGAAAAACGAGGUUUCCUCAAACGUUUUCCAAGAGCGAGCGCUCCGAUUCAAACACUAUUCUGUGGUUUUGUUUUAAUAUUUGCAACACCACUAGGCUGUGCUUUCUUCUCUCAACGGGCUUCUAUAAAUGUAUCUAGUCUAGAAGCCGAUGUACAAGAAGAUAUUAAGAAAAAGAAUGAUAAACUUAAUGAAGUUUGGUUCAACAAAGGAUUAUAAAUCGUCCAUUUAUAGCUAGAAGCUUUUUAAAAACUAAUAUGAAAAAGCCUAAUAUCUGAAAUGACAAUAUUUUUGUUGCAUUUAUUUAUCUAAUUAUAGUGAAUUUUAAUUCUUUGCAAUUAGCAUUUAUUUAAGUUUUAAUAAAAUUUGGAAAAUCAGGGCACGAAGGCAAGCAGCACUUCAACUUAACGCAAAUACCUCAGGAUACCUUAGGAUAUUGUCGUUAUAUAUAGAAUAAAUUAACUAUAAUAAAUUAAGUAUUUGUGUUAAAUAUGUGUUUCAAUUAAAUGUUUUAAUUGUAGAUCAAUGGAGAAAAUUAUUGCAUUAAACUUAGUUUUAAGUCAAGCAUUAAAAAUAACAGUUAUAUACUUAUAUAUGUAUUUAUAUAUAUAUUAAAGACGAAAAAUUUAUGAUCCUUAAUAAAGAGUAUAAA